AUGUCGGUUUCGCAAAGUGGAAGUGUGUUGUCAACUGUGAGUGGCGGUACUAAGGUCCUGCCUCCUAGCUGUACAAGGUGUCGUCUAUCUAUUAACUCAGGACAUGCUUAUGAACUGGGAGGAGAUAGAUGGCACACCCAAUGUUUCAAGUGUUAUAAGUGCAACAAAGAGUUGACAUGCGACUCUGAUUUCCUGGUUUUAGGUACAGGUACAUUAAUAUGCUUUGAGUGUGCGGAUUCCUGCAAGGGUUGUGGGAAGAAAAUCGAUGAUCUAGCUAUAAUACUUUCGUCUUCCAAAGAAGCUUACUGUUCCGAUUGUUUCAAGUGUUGUAAAUGUGGAAAGAAAAUUGAUGACCUUAAGUACGCGAAGACGAAAAGAGGGUUAUUCUGUAUUUCGUGCCAUGAACGCCUGUUAGCGAAGCGUAAGAACGCUGAGGAGAAAAAGCGUCGCCUCCAGAAAGAACUUCCUACGGUGCCGGCCAAAAUUCCCCAAAUUGCCUCUUCAGCUGUUUCAGAUUUUGAGACUACGCGGGCUCCGGCAAAGACUUCUUCUGGUGCACACCUUUCCCCGCAAUCUUUGGCGGAUUUAGAAGAUUCUCGUGAUCCAACAAAAACUUCUGGAACACCCCUUUCUCCUAAAUCUAUUAAAUCUGCUACUGAACCUUUCGAAGAUAUUGGCCAAAGCUCAUACAUGUCUGAUAAUAGCUCCCCAAUACCUACUGAGGAGUCUCGUUUCACCAGCAGCGUCAUAUUUGAUGAGGCAGAGAGGGUACGUCCAGCAGACAGUUUACGGAGGGAUAGCAAUGUUACCUAUGAGAGACAUGCCGGUAUUUCAUCCAAACCAAAUCAACACAAACGUGUAUCUUCGAUCAAAUCCAAUUCAUGGUCCGUGGUUGCGCAGUUUCUCGAGGACGACGAAGAUGACCCCGUUAACGGAGAUGCUGAUGUCCCUACUCUUAUCCAACAAAUUAAUGACAAUAACACUAAUGAAACUAAUAAUAAAACCUUGGAAGUAGAUGCGCUGGAAUUCAAUUCAAGGGAACCUCAAUACCUUACUUCUGAAUCUUCUAGAAGACUUCUUGCUGAGAACAACAAAAUAGUUAACGGCGCAGGUGGAUACACUCAAGAAUUUAAUACUGAUACUCUGGAAGGGCUUCAAAGGCACUAUUCAGUUGAUGAAGUAUUGAAAAGGACAUUAUCGAAGGAAGAAAAUCCAGAUCCACAUUAUGUAAACAACGUGUCUGAGGGCGAAUUAGCAAGUAACUUUCUUCUCAAUAAAACACCACUACGAAACAAGGAGGACCCACUGCAGUCAAAGUCACCAUUACAUAGACGGGGUGUCAUUAUGUCUGACAGCGGCGAGUUUAUUGGCGAUUUAUUAGUUCCCCCAGAUGAUGGAUUACAUCUCUCUUCAGGGAAACACAGCGUACCACCAAUAUUUUUGGAUGGUGCCGACCUUUCUCCAUCUCAGUUAGACUAUCAAGAAAGAAGGCGAAGCAAACCCUCCAGUCUCUCAGUUUUUGCCAAGUAUGACGGUCCAACCAGCACUGCAAGUUCUCAAGCCAGUUCCAUACAAAACUCGACUUCAAGCCAAUCUCUGGAUCCAAAAUAUUCUAAAUCACCAUCAAACCAAGGAAGCACUAGUGGGAAAAGCUCGGUAACAAGGUCUGGGUCCGUUCGAAAUAAGGUUGCUAAUCUUAUCCACAGUAAAAAGUCUAGCACACCUAACAAAAACCAGCAAAUCGAUUCUAACAUAGAUACACAUACAGGUUGGGGCGUUACAUUCAGGAACCAGCAGCAAGACUUUAAUUUCCUGGGAGGUUCUAGCAACGGUCGUAAAUUAAGCAAUCCCCAUGGUCGUGGGCAAAGUGAUUCCACUAUCUACAGUCAAAUAUCUCCGAAAUCCUCUAGCAAGCAGUCAUUUGGCCACAGCAGGUCUCGAAGUGGAUUUGCAAGCGCAUCUCGUGUUGCUGUCAAUAUGACACCACCAUUAAGCACACAUCACUUACCAAUGAUUAAUAAAGCAUCAUCUAAGGACGAGUAUAAUGAUGACAAAACUCCUACAAACGAUGAAUUCUUUAAAAGGGACCUAAUAAACGAAGAGCUUACACUUCGUCAGUUGAGAAUGGUAACGGGUGAACUUCAGAACACAAAGAACCAAUUAUUAUCUCAGAUUGACCAGCUAAGGAAGACCAAGGAGGAACUCCAAUACCAGGUUGAUAUGCUUAGAAUGGAGCGCAGAGAAUACCAAUCAAACCUUUCUGAAGAGAUGGACGAGACUCAGGUAGCUAUUAAGCAAGUUGUGACAUCAACCACCUCCAGUACAAAGCCAAGAUUCUGGAAACUCUUCAGCGGCAAACCAACCCACUCCGGUCAUUCGAACAACAAUAGUGCUGCUUCAGGUUCAGGCCAAAACGGAAGUUCAAACUCUUCACCCUUUGGAAAUAUUUCACACCCCAUCCUCCAGAAUCCGAACGAAUUCGAAGAUUGGAAAUUAAUUUCAGUAAACCCUGGCGCCGAUCUAUACAGAUCCACUUUGGUCCUGAGGGUAGCAUACGAAGGCAAUGAGCUACCAAUGAUCCUCUCGACAUGUAUUGCCCAUAUAGAAGCAAGUAUGGAUCACAUAACUAGUGAAGGCAUAUACAGGAAAUCCGGAUCCCAGGUACUAAUCGAACAAAUAGAAAAUGAAUUUAUUCAAUGGAAAUCAGACAGCCAAAUCUCCGAGCGCUUAUAUGAAUUUCUAAAUCAAGACAUACACGCUGUAACUAGCGUCCUGAAGCGUUAUUUAAGAAAGCUUCCUGACCCAAUACUCACCUUUCAGGUUUAUGAGCCUCUAAUGCAGCUUGUUCGCGAGGAAAAGUUAUGCUCUACUUUAUCAUUAAAAUCCGCAAAAAAUAGCCAAGUCUAUCCAUCGAUUGUCACUAAACUUGCUAGCCUACUUCGACUGCUACCAACUGAACACUUAUCAGUUUUAAAAGCGCUUUGUCAACAUAUUAACCUCAUUGCAAAAUAUCAGGAUCUGAAUCUAAUGAACUUGAAUAAUUUAUCCCUUGUCUUUACGCCAAGUUUAAUCAGAGACUACAGUGGUGAAAAGGACAUAACAGAUAUGAAAGAAAGAAAUUAUUUAAUUGGGUUCAUAUUCACCCACUACGAUGACAUUUAUGCAAGUUUGUGA